CUGAUUGCCUUCCCAUGAUCCUUUCCUCCCUUCCGCCAUCUUGCCGGCCACGGUGGCACUGACCUGAGGACUCCUCCACGAAAACACCCACUUCUCGGCGACGUCUUGUUGUUUUUCCCGCCAUGGCGACUUCUCAGGCGAACGUCUUCACCGUGGUGUCCAAGUUUUACGACGAGUACGUGACCACGACGCCGCAGCGGCUCAAGAUCAUCGACGCGUACCUGGCCUACAUCAUGCUGACCGGGAUCUUCCAGUUCGGCUACUGCCUGCUGGUCGGCACCUUCCCGUUCAACUCUUUCCUGUCCGGGUUCAUCUCGUGCGUGGCGAGCUUCGUGCUGGCAGUGUGUUUAAGAGUGCAGGUCAACCCACAGAACAGGAAGGACUUUCUCCACAUCUCUCCAGAGAGAGCCUUUGCAGACUUCGUCUUCGCUCACAUCAUCCUGCAUCUCGUGGUCAUGAACUUUAUCGGCUGAACCAGGCACAAGCUUCUUAGACAGAUGCAUUCCAGUCUAUCAAAUUAGGAUCCGCUGUGGAAGUGACGAACAACUGUGCCACCUGUACCAUGAUGACAAGAUGAUCCCUCUACCCCUGCAACUUUUUGUACAACUGGUCAAAACAUAAUCACUUGAUAUUAAGUAUAAUGCAAUUUUAAUAAAUUAUCGGAAUUGAGCAA